AGUAAAUUAACCAAUUUAUAAAGUGGAAGUUGAGAGAGCUAAAACAACUGGUUAAACAACAGUGCAAGAUUCAAGUGCUUCUCAGUAAUUAUUACUGAUUCAACAAGAAGUUGAUUGGUGAACCAAAAUGGAGAUCAUGAGCAUGCCUGCUUCAAAUGAGUCAGAUGGCCAGCAUCACAUCAUGCUCGCUAAUCAGAAUCUAAAUUCUGAAAGCGCAGAAACGGCAUCAGAUCAAGCACAAGGGCACGAGGAAGAGGAAGAGAUCGAUUUCCGAUACAAGAAAGGGAGAGAUAAACCCAGUGAUGUACGGAACGUCCUACUCACGGUCGCUGUGCUCUUGGUAGCUGCGACAUAUCAGGCUGUGUAUAACCCCCCCGGUGGUCUCUGGCAGGAAGACUGUCCCGACACCGACCACGUUGCCGGAGUACCUCCCUCCGCCGCCCAAACCAACGGGCGGCAUCCUGAGCUAGGUGCCUCGACCACCGCCAGAAGCAAACAGGUUGCUGGGGUAUCUAUCCUCGCCACCAAAAAUAUUUAUUUAUUCAAUAUGUUCAUAUUUGGGAACACAUUGGGAUUUCUGUUUUCUAUGCUCACCAUAGAGGACCUCACCAGUGGCUUCACUCGCAAAACGGAGUUGAACUUGGCCCUCAGUUCCAUUUCCUUCACAUAUGGUAUGUGUGUUCAGAUCAUUUCACCCUCGGAAUACCGAACUUUGACGCUUUUCAUUUUCUUUAUCGCUUUAGCCUUGGCUUUAGCAGUCCGAAUAUGGAGAGGAAAAUGUGCUCGUCGCCGAACUGCAAGAUGAAGUGGCAUAGUGUGCUGAACUCUGUUUUCCUUCUCGCUCUAGUGCGUGUCUAUCUGAUUCUGUGCUCUUGUCUUGUGCCUUUGAAUUGUGUUUGUUUCUCCAUUUAGUACCAAAGCUUUGUCUUAAUUUUCAGUCAUGCAUGCGUUCCUCAUUGUUAAGGAGUAGUCUUUUGCGAGAAUAUUGUGAAAAAGUUUUGUUAUGCCUAACCUACAAAAAAAAAAAAAUUUGGGUUAAAGUU